AUGUUCGAUGCUGUUGUUCUUGAGUACAACGGAACCACAAAGGAGGCCGUCGUGGAAACAACGGAUUCUAUUUCCAGGCGGUAUCGUGUGCCCAUGUCAUCAUCGUCGUGGUUAUUCCGAAUCACAGUGCCCAAAAGCAGCGACGCCGCUGACGAGGAGCGACCACGGCGACUGCAGAGUAGUGAAGUGGGGAAAAACAAGGGGAAUUACCCUGAUAACCUCUUUCACUCCACACCCGUGGGUCGAUGCGUGACCAUAGAUCCUGUUGACGAGAGGGACGCGGGACUUGCUGACGAUAAGGAGGGCCCCAAAUUGCCUUUGGCGCGUCUGGUAUACCUCCAUGAGUCUGGUUUGCUGGCUUCUAAGAGCAUGUUGCCGGGAACCAUUACACGAGUCUCAGGACGUUUCGUGUUUAUUUUUUGCUCGUUUCUUCCGUAUGAGGCUGUGGCAACACGGGACACGUUUUCGACGGGAGGUUUUCUCGCCAAUGUCACCUCUGCAACGGCAACUUUAUUGGAGCAGCGGGAGGAUACGUCGCGUCCCUUUAGCGAGGAAGAGGAGUGGGUGGGACGCUAUGUACAUUUUGCACUGUACCCUAUGAGUUUUCUUGUUAUGGAGGCAUUCUUCACACACAACGAGGGGCCACGGGAGCGGAAAGAGGCGCAUCGGACGCUCGCCGCCCGCAACAUCAGUAAUAGAUGGUUUUAUCCAAGUGGUGUGCCACGUCUCAUAUAUGAGCAACGGCGGGAGGUGGGCGGGUUAGCUUCCUUACAGUGUGAACUGGCAGAUGAACUCAAUGAUGGUCGUCUGGGUGUAUGGAGCAUCACUGGAACGGAUCCUUGCAAGUUUUUUCAGCCUGAGUUGUCGCUGCAGUUUGUGCAAGGUGCCACCCUGCUCGAAGACAACGCCAUGCCUCCAAUACUGCACCAAAAGUCCGUAUUCUCUUUGAAGUUGUGGUCGUUUUGGAUGCUGGCAGGCACACAGGUCUCGCUGCGCGUACUGGAUGAGGAUCGAUGUGACGUCACAGAUCAUGUCUUGUGUAUUGAACGGGAAGAGACGGAGGAAGGGGCAGCCGUCACACUUGAUCAUCUGGAGAGCAAAGUGGUCGUUUCCUUUCGCUGUCAAAUAAAGACUUUCAAAAUGCAGGGUGUGGUGUGUGAGAUUACAUUUCUUCUAUGCAUAGAGCAAGGGGACCAAAAAACGCAACUGGAGUCUAAACCGAUGUUUGUGCGACAUAGUCUUAAACUUCGUGCAGGGGCUGAUAUCAUAGGCACUGGUAAACAAGUUCCAGGGAAUUACGAUCUCUCACACAAGUUCUGGACCUCAGAUGUAUUGGGGCCCGAGGACAAUAUUUCUACCGGGUUUACAGACCCUGGACGCAGCAAUGAAUUACUUACAGAGGAUUGUUACAAGGAGUUACCGAUGGUGGAGCGCGAGAUCAUUGUGGUGGAUCCAGAGGACACAAGGCUGAAAGAAAUUGCGAAGGUGGCGCGGCGCUUAGUCUUGGGUAUUGUUGACACAAUUGUGUGUACCCAAGUGUUGGCGUGUUUGGUGGCCAGUGCAUGCGGUGGCGAGAGUGGUGGAAUAAAUGCAGAGGAGGAAAUUAUCGCCUUGCGGCUGCAAGGCCGUUUGAAUAAACGGCGCCGUGGAAGAUCAUCUUCGAAUGAAGGGGCCAAUGUCGUGCGCCUGGGGGAUGUGCGCAAUGGGGUGUGUCGGCACCGGGCAUUGCUUUUUAAAUAUCUCUGUGAUGUGGUACAUCUUCCGUGCUAUCUGGUGCGUGGUGAGCAUCAAGCCCCGCGUGACGCCCUCGCAGAGCGUCACUCCUGGAAUAUUGUUCCACUUGAAGGCAGGCGCCAUGUGCUUGUCGAUGCAACGUUGAGUCCACACAAGUUGGAGAUGUGGCCGGUGCCUGCCUACAAGUGUGCCCCAGUCAUGUUGAACUCCGAUUGGUCUCAUCGCCACUGUAUGAUUCUGCACCGCUCCGCCGCAAAGAUACAUCUUUUGGAGGAAUGUGGUCGAGGCGCCACAGCUGUGGUGCGGCGUGGGGUCUUGGCUGGGGGCCUCACAUGCGUUGUAAAAGUGCCGCGCACAAGUCUCGAUUUAGAGAGCCUUGUCUACGAGUACGAGGUACUGAGAAAGUUUCGUAUGUCGUCGGGUGUGGUACGGUGCCUGGGGUGGAGUGGUGGAAUUGUGAUGGAAUACUUUCCUACUAAUCUUUUGAGUUUCAUGAAUCAUCUUAUCAUUCGUGAAACCCGCAUGAGCCUUUCGCAGCAAAAAGAGGUUCUUAUCGGCCUUCUUUCUGCCUUAAAAGAGGUACACACUCGUGGAUAUGUCCACAGGGACAUUAAAGCUGAAAAUGUGCUCUUGGUGGUUAUUCGCUGCAGUACGUGUCAUUCCAUUGGAACUGUGUGUCACUUGUGUGACGUUCGAGUCAAGUUGGGGGACUUUGCGGACAGUGUUGCCGUGAAUCCAACCACACAGAUACAUAUGGCCUCCCCACGUGUUGGCACCCCUCCAUACGCAGCGCCCGAAAUUGAGGCCGAGGCCCCAUUUUCCUUUGCGGCAGAUAUUUGGUCUUGUGGCGUACUUGCGGUUGAGAUGGCUUCAAUGCAGCUGCCGGAAACAUCGGUGUCGGCGGGGGAGGAAGCAAGUGUAAAAUGCAGAAAUAAUGACGAACUCAUUGUCCAAGAUGGUGACGAUGAGUUGAGGGGUGUGGUGUCCACCAUCACAGAUGAUGGAAAAAUGGUCGGGCCCGUUCGUUUGCCCCGUCUACCGCAGAACCCACCGCCUCCGAGAUGGCAGCAAGAGCUUGUUGAGGGAGCACUGCAGGUGAACUGGAAGCAACGACGUCGUGCUGGGGCCUUGCUGGAUAUGUUACAAGGUACGUCGCGCUAG